AUGCCUAAUACAGAAAACGAAAGUGUCAAUGCUGGCGCUCCGAUAGAAUCGCAGUUGUCCCAUCUUUCGGUGAAAAUACCGCUGCUGUGGAGGAAGAAUAUAACAUUGUGGUUCAUCCAAGUAGAAAGCAAUUUCGCUCUAGCAAAAAUAACUAAUGACCUUACAAAAUACAAUCAUUUGAUUGCGUCUGUUGAUCCGGAAACUUUAUCUGUGGUACCUGAUAUUUUACUCACACCCUCCGACACCAAUAAAUAUGAUGCGUUAAAGGCUGGACUUAUAACAGAAUUUUCCGCUUCGGAAAAUGAACAGAUCCGUCGACUGCUUUCUGAACCACAUUUAGGCGCCGAUAAACCAUCGCAGUUACUCCGAAAGAUGCUCCAACUCGGUGAUGGCACAGGCAUAAAAGAAGAUUUCCUCAAAACGUUAUGGCUGCAAAGACUGCAGUCAGAUAUGCAGGCAAUUUUAUCCAUAAGUUCAGAAUCCCUGAACAAUUUGGCCAACAUGGCCGGCAAAUUGGCGAGGUCCGUAUUUUCUCAACAUUUAACAGCGUCUUUGCCGUUAGCCGAGGAGCGCAAAGCGUCCACUGUGGAUGAGUUUACUGCACUCCCAAGCGAAAUCGCCGAUUUAAGAAAGCAGGUACAACGGCUUUCCCGAGACAGAAGCAAAAGUCCGUUCCAUUGGAAAAACAGACAGCGCAGUUUUUCUCUCUGGGUUUCCAGUGAUGAUGGGAUAAAAUUCUUUUAUUAUCAUUCACUUUUCGGAGAGAAAGCACUGAAGUGCGUAUCUCCAAGUUCGUACUCAAUUAACUCGCAAUAG